AUGCAGCGGACAGCUGUGAUUUUAAACCUCUGGGUCGUCUCAGCAAGCGUUGCGAAGUGUACAAGACCCUUUGCUAUGCCAGAUGCAAAUGGAAGGAAUACGAGCUGCAGAGUGUGUGGCAAAUGCGGAAAUCUGGAUGUCGAAGACGAUGAGGCCUGCAGCUUGAAGAAUUGCUCUUUGAGUCUGCACUGCGAGAACCACAGCUACGAUCAGUCCUUGAUGCUGGAGCCGAAAUUGUCAUUGUGCACCAACCCAGGGGAAGAUGAAGAUUGCGAGGACAUCAGCUUGAAUUCCACAGGUUCCGUCCCUUCGAUGCACUUCUGCAUGCGGAAACGCCAGAGUGAAUGUGUGGGUAUCAUUUUUAGAGCCAAUGUCUUCGGCAAGUGGUACCACACAAACUAUAUUGACUCUUGCACUCCUGUUGGUGCUCUGGAGAUGCAAGCCAGUCAAGUGGUGAUGCUGACGGUUUUAGCCACCAGUGCUGUCUACUUUGUGAAGCCUGGAUUUCUCUCUUCUUUGCCUUCACUGCUGGGCGUGCUCUAA